AUGAAGCUGUCCACCGUCCUCGCCGGCACUUUCGCCGCCUUUGUCACCGCCGCCCCGGCCGCCGCCCCCGUCGCCGAAGCCGAAGUCGACGCUCCUGUUGCUCUCCCCGUCUUUGAGCGCGGCGUCUUUGAUGCCAAGCGCGUCAACAACCUCAACUUCAGGCAGCAGGACCUGAGCUACCUCUUUGCGCUCAACCAGGGUUCCUUCAACUUUGGUCUCCUUCAGCAACUGGCUCUCCAGAACAACUUCAACAUCUUUGCCUUCCAGGACCUCUUCAACGUCGGCACCUUCAACAUCAAUGCCCUGCUCCAGUUUCAGCAGCUGCAGACUCUUCUGGCCAUUGCACAGACUGGCGUCUUCAACCAGUUUGACCUGGCUGCCCUCAACCUGGGUGCCCUGAACCUGGGCCUGAUCAACGGCAUCGGUGCCUUUGACAUUGCCAGCAUCAUCGAUGUUGGUGUGGUCCCUCAGAUCCAGUCUGUUGUGAGCACUGUCACUCCCACCGUCAUCAUCUAA